GUUUUUCUUGUUGUAUUUUUAAAUGUGUUAAUUUUAUGGAAAAUAUAAUUUUUAUGCGUCACUUUACCGUUCAAAGAGAUAUUGCUAUGUUAUGGUGUUUAAUGAGGCUGACAUAUGCAAAGUUUUAUGGAUAUUAUUGUUAAUACAAGUUAGUGAUACGUAUGUCGAUAAAUUAAAAGAUACUUAUUUAGGAAAAUAUAACCAAGAAGAAACCAAAGAUCAAACAACUUCACGUGCCAAUAAUUUGUACGACGACGCGGACGAUCUGCAGAAACAGCUCGAUAAUGAAGCGAGAGACAAAUUAAAAGUAGGAAAACCUAAAACAAUCUGGGUGUUCCAUUUGCCCACACCGUUCCCAGACAUCACGUAUUUAGUGACGUCACGACGGCCAAGGAGCGCUGAUCAUCAAGAUAAAACACUAAUUAAGAAUAAUACAAAGACAGAACCUGUUGAAGCCGCCGCUGAAUGGGAUUACAAAAAUCAAAAUGACUGGGGUAAGAUGUUCCCUGAUUGUGGAGGUCGAUCUCAGUCACCAGUUGAUCUACCGCUGCAAGGAUUCGUCAAGGCGAAAGGCGGUCGGCGUCUCCUGUUCACCAACUAUGACCUUUACCCGGAGAAAAUAACAGUUCAGAAUGAUGGCAAACGGGUGGUAUUAUUUGGUCAGUGGGAUCGCAACCGUAUGCCGCUGGUGUACGGCGGAGCUGCACAUAGUCGACGGUAUAUUUUCCAUUCCUUGAGCUUUGUAUGGCCUUCGGAGCACACGAUAGGAGGGCUACAGUUCCCUAUGGAGAGUCAAGCAUUGCAUAUAUCUGCUGAAUACGGGUCAAUGAAGGAAGCUUUGGAUGCAGCCCCGAGUGAUCCUCAAGCAUUUCUUGGUAUCGUCAAUAUUUAUAAGUUCGAAGAUCACACACAAAAAGGAUUGCGGGAAGUUUUGAGUGUCCUAAGAAAGCAAAGCACUUUCAAUAAUUCCGCUGCUUUGCACCCAUUGAGUUAUUUUGUACCGCGAUUCAAAGACUAUGCGAGUUACCAGGGGUCAUUGACCGCGCCACCGUGCACUGAAUCAGUACUUUGGUUGGUACGUGCAAGAAGUUUACCAGUUCAAAGGGAGGCGAUAGCCGCCGCACAGAAAUUGAGAAGUCCCUACGGAGAUACGCAGAGCUUUGCCGUUCGUUUUACGCAACCGCUUAAUGAUAGGAAAAUAUUCUUAUUUCAUUAAAAAAUUACAAAACUAUACAAUGUCAUAA